CCCCCAAUGAACCCCCAAACCCACCCCACCAGCACAAGCAACCCAACCAACCAACAACCCACCAGUAACCAUCACCAGACUGGUAGUGGACNACCACUCAAUUCACCAUCACACCACCNCAGUAUACGUGCAGGUAAACGCGACCAUUCAACCACAAAUACAAAUAACGAUGGAUCCUAAUGCUCAACCUACGAGUAAUUCAACAAAUCAAUCAACAACAACAAACCAAUCAUCAACAACAACAACAACAACAAACCAAACAAGUGGAUCAACACACCAAGCUGAUGUUCACGUGAUUCAGAUGAACAUGCAAACUCCUAACCCUUCGCAAAUAUCUGGACAGUUACCUAAUAUACCAGGUCUCCCACAAGAUGUUUUGUCGAAUAUUUUUCAAACUGUUGCUCAGCAAGUUCAACAACAGACUGGUGGAGGGUUGCCAGGUGGUCAUGGACAUGGUAUGGUGGUUGUACAAGGCCCUCCUGGUGGUCCGAACCAAAUACAAAAUGACAUCAGUGAUAUAAUUGGACAAGGAAUGAUGAAUGCAGUGAAUCAACAUAUGCAGAAUGUGAAUCCACCAUCCAACUUCACCACCAACUUCACUACUUCCAGUGUUUCCCAAACCAUGCCUUCCACAGCCACAAGCAAUGUUACACCAACACCAACGGUAACCACUGCUGCACAAACCGAAACAACCAAUGAACCAACACCACCAGUUCAACCAACAGAAGAAGUCCCACGGAUUGCAAAUGAGUUGCUUUCUAAUGGAAAUUUUGGGUCGCGACCUUUACCCUCUCACCCCACUACCACGUCGCGCCCCACACCAACCCAACCUAUUACAACUGUGAGAUCUACUUCACGACCCCCCCGCCCACAAACAAGGGCCGUACCAACACCAACCCCUACCCCACCAAUGCCCCCGAGUGGUGGCCCGUCACUUUUCUCGCAACUAUUUGCAAGUUUUGGAAUGAUAGGAGGACAAAGCGUGAUGGGUAUAUUUCGUCCACUGGUUGAAUCUAUGAGUGACGUCACUCCGCGUGAUAUGAUGGGUAUCAUGACAAACAGCUCACGUACACUCGCUGGUUUGCAACAAAACUUACGAAGAAAUCUCUGUCAAACUUAUUUCGGUGGCAGAACUAGGAAUCCAACGUAUGAUGAAAUUGAGACCUGCACAGAACGAUCGUCUGAAGAAUUACGUACCAGUUUCAAAUCCUUGUUUGAUGGAGCGCAAGUAUCACCUGAUGUAGACGUGGUGGAAUCCAAUCUAUCAUUAUAUAGACACACCAUGAGGAAGAUAAUUCAUCUUACGUUUAAUGGAGAAGAAUCAAAUUUUCAAGACAACCUUAUGAGGCAUCUGGAAAACAUGUUUUGUAUUUUUAUUCGAAUGAACGAAAGUAUUUUGCGCGGGAAACGACCGGCACUUGUUGAUCAUCUGUUGAAGUUUAUGGGCUCUGGUGGUGGAUUUUUUAGCUUGGUGAUGGGUUCUGUUGAAGGAGGCAAUCCACUUGAUCCAAUGAUCAACAUGGCUGUACAGCACUGCCAGAUCACACAGGAACAAAUUGAUCAAUUUGUUAUGAAUCCUAAACCUCAAACUACUCAGGCAGAUAACAUGGAUGACACGGCCUCAGGAUUGAUGGUGGCAUCCGAUGACGUGGUGGAUGGUCCUCGGAUCGAGAUGGAUGAUGUUGUUGCAAGUGAUGAGGAUGGCAAGAAAAACGAAGCCUCGGGUAGUGAGGAUUGGAAGUUGAGCGUUCCACAGGAGUGGGUGGAUACAAUAUCAAGCGAUAUUGAGAAACAGAAAUCAAUCACACCACAACCUCCAUUCAGUGAAGCUUACCUGGCUGGUAUGCCUGCAAGCAAGAGAAGAAAAGUUGGAAAAACCGAAUAAGUUUUCCAGCAUUUUAUGAAAAGUCAGAAAACAUCAACUUCUAUGUGUGAAAUGUUGGCGUGUUUUUUUAUUUCCUGUUCUUUCUGCAUGUAUGCUUAAUUAGUGCUGGUGUAAAUAGUAAAGUGACUUCUUGAAUUGAUUUUUAGAAUAUGGUUGAUUAAUUUUUAUUGUUCAUACCAUAAGUCUUGAAAUUUUGAUAACUAAUUUGUGUAUUUGAUGUUGUUUUGACGUCUUUUAAUACAAUGUUAGAACAAUAAAUGAGAAAUGAUAUUUU